CAGAAUACAUCCAGUUAAUGGUCUCUCCAUCAAAAACACAACAUGAAGAAGGAACAAAUAUCAAUCUGUUCUGUUCAGCUGAGUCUAGACCUACCGCAGAGUUUUUCUGGUUCCUGAAUGGAGACGUGCUGCCUGUUUCUGGACCAGAACUCAGACUGAUGGACAUUCAGAUGAGCCAGAAGGGAAACUACAGCUGUCAGGCCUUUAAUAGAAAAACUUUGAAAUAUCAGACAUCUCAGCCAUCAGCUGUCUCUAUUAUUGCACGUGUUUCAAACAUUGCGGUGAACGCAUCCUCCACAGACCUGGUUGAGUUCAGCAGCUCUGUCCGGCUCUUCUGCUCUGCAUCUGGAUUCUCUCCAUCUUUCCUCUGGAUGAACGGCAGCUCUGAGCUUACAAAUGGGGAUAGAGUUCAGAUCACUGAUGGAGGAUCCACUCUGACAAUAUUCAAUGUGACCAGAUAUGAUCAAGGGCUCCUGAGGUGUCACGUUUUCAAUUAUUUCAGUCGUGAUAGCAGUGAUCCAGUUUACCUCUCUAUCUACUAUGGACCAGACAGUAUUUCAGUAACUGUAUCUCCACAUCAUGAAAAAUAUGAAGAAGGUUCAGAUAUCACCAUGUUCUGUUCAGCUGAAUCCAAACCAGCUGCCAUUUUUCAGUGGUUUCUGAAUGAAACCCUGCUACCUGUUUCUGGGCCAAACCUCAGACUGACCAACAUUCAGCUCAAUCAGAGCGGGAACUACAACUGUCAGGCUCUUAACAUCAAAACACUGCUGCACAAAAUCUCUGAUCCUUUUGUCAUCUCUGUUGUGUGUAAGUGUUACAGACUGAAAGAAAUGAAAACAAUCAUCAUAGUUUUUGUUCUCCUUGGAGCCAUCUCAGGUUUACCUGAAGAAGAUGACGAGUUCACAGAUUUUCUCAGUGCAUUAAUUGAAGAGCCAGUGCAGGUUUUAGAAGUAAUACCCCAAACAGUGGAGUUAAAUGAGUUUAAUGGUACCUUGCAUUUGCAUUGCUCCUUCGUUGGUAAUGCUACCAACAUCCAGUGGUUGAAAGGCAGCUCUGACGUCACUCAGGUCAAUGGUGCAGAAUCCAAUCUGAUUAUACCCAAUGUGACCCGCAACGACCAUGGAUCCUACAGGUGUAAUGUGUCUAACUCUGUGAGUUUUGACAUCAGUGAACCAGCAGAAGUCUUCAUUAACUAUGGGCCAGAGGACAUAGGACUGAAAGUCUCUCCAUCGGGACCGCACCACGAAGGCUCAAACGUCCUUCUGACCUGUUCAGUUCAGUCCAGACCUUCUCCUGAGUUUCUGUGGUUUCUGAAUGGGGAUCGUCUGUCUGACUCUAAACCAGACCUCAGACUGAGCAACAUUCAGACAAAUCAAGAUGGAAACUACAGCUGUCAAGCCUUUAACAGCAAAACGCGGAAAACGCAAACGUCUCAACCUUUACUUGUCCCAGUAAAUGAACGCGUCUCCAGUGUUGUGGUGGCAUCAGAUCCCACAGACCUGGUUGAGUUCAACAGCUCAGUCCGUCUCUCCUGCUCUGCAUCUGGGUUUUCUCCUCAUUACUUCUGGAUGAACAACGGGUCAGAGGUGACAGCCAGCGACAGAGUUCAGAUCACCGGUGGAGGAUCCACUCUGACUAUCGCCAAGGUGACCCGACCUGAUCUCAACCUACUGAGGUGUCAUGCCUUCAACUACUUCAGUGAGGACUUCAGUGAUCCAGUUAACAUCUCCAUCUUUUAUGGACCAGAACUAGUCGAACUGACCGUCGUUCCAUCUCAGGAACACUACAAGGAAGGCUCAGACAUCAUGUUGAGCUGCUCAGCUGUUUCCACUCCUCCUGCAGAGUUUCGGUGGUUUGUUAAUGAAAGCCUGCAGUUCGAUUCUGGACCAGAACUCAGAUUGAUCAAUGUUGAAGUAAAUCGCACUGGAAACUACAGCUGUCAGGCCUUCAACAAGAAAACUCUGAUUUAUGAAGCAUCUCGGCUUUCUGUCAUCUCUGUAGUAGUGGAGUCUGGAGGUCUCCCAGCCGGAGCCAUUGCUGGAAUUGUGCUCGCAUGUUUAGCAGUUUUAGUUUUAGUUGCUGCUGGAGUCUUUUUCCUUUACAGAAGAAAAAAAAAUGUCAAACCCAAACCUAAAAAAGACAACAAACCUGAGCCUAGGAACCAGCGGGAGGAGGGUCCAUCUCAAAUGGAGGAGGAUGUCACAGAGAGAAGACCUGAGCCUAGGAACCGGCAAGGGGCGCGUUCACAUCAAAUGGCUGUCACAGACAAGAAACCUGAGCCUAAGAACUGGCAGAGGGAUUCUUCACGUCAAUCAGAUCAUGUGUACGAGACAAUGUCACAGAUUUAUGAUGAGAUAUUGUGUUCAGGAGAGAAUAUUUUAAACCCAGGACCGCUGAGUGGAGCCGUAGGAGGCAGAGUGAAGUUCACCACCAGCCUCAGACCCCCACAGAGACCAUUUCUGUCUGUCAGCUGGAGCUUUAAAGGCGUGAACAUCAUCACUUCCACCAGCACCAACAUCACAGAGCCGGGACACAGCAACAGGAUCUCAUUAGAUCGAGCCACAGGAGCGCUGGAGCUCAGGAACCUGGUGCUGGAGGACAGCGGGGAGUACACACUCACCAUCAUACCAGACGGGGGCCUGCAGAGAAUGGGGAGGAUCACUCUCAAUGUGUAUGUGCUGAUAACUGCAGCCAGCAUUCACAGCCCUGCAGACGUCCUGAUAGAAAAUCAAACCUCCACCAGCCUCACCUGCGAGGCCUCCAGCUCCAUCAUCACCAGAGAGUGGAUGAAAGAUGGCCGUCCUCUUGAUUUCGGACAGAGCGUCAGCUUAUCGAUGGACAACAGGACCGUGUUCAUGCAACCCGUUUUCAGCUCCAACCAAGGGAACUACCAGUGUAGAGUCAGCAACCCAGUCAGCAGCCAGACUGCGGCUCUCCAUCUCACUACGGGCCGUAUAACAUGUCAGUUAUUGGGCCGUCAGCAGCUUGGCCUGGCCACAGAGUGA